UAUCAGAGUUGCUUCGGUCUCCCUUUCUUGCAUUUCCCCCGAUGCGCCAAAGUUCAGCCCGUCUUCACAACUUCCAACCCUUCCUAUCCUAGCAGUCAUCAGACACCCCCCCUUCUUCUUCUCCUCCCCCCCAAAAAAGAAGCAACACACGCACGCAAAAUAAGAGUGAGGGAAGGAAGGGGGAAGGAAGGAAGAAGGAGGCAAAGGAGGGGGGGGGAGAAAACCUUCCACAAUCCUCCUCUAAAGAAAUUCAACCUCUGCUCGCUUUCACUCCACAGUCUUCAUCGCGCAUUCCUAAAGGACGCAAGCUCAGUUCCAGCUGGUCAAUUUCAACCCCCCCUUUUUUCAUUUUUUUUAAACUCUGGGGGGGCUUUGGGGGAGGCGAGUGACUGAGGUUUUCCAAGAGGGGACAGACCAGAGGAGGGGUCCUCUCUCCUUCUGUCUCUCUCCACGUUCUCUCUCCCCGCACCCCAUUUUUUUGGUAAAAAAAAAUUAUAUAGACACUUUUUUUCUUGCAAAGAUUUGGACUCCCCUUUUUUCUCCGGCUUUCUCGACUUGAAACCUUCCAUCCCAGCGGCCCCCCCUUUCCUCCUUCCCUCCCACCCACCCGUUCAUCCCAGCAGCCUCGUCUGGAGUAUGGCUGCGCUCCCUGGGACAGUACCAAGGAUGAUGCGCCCAGCACCCGGACAGAAUUAUCCCCGCACCGGAUUUCCUUUAGAAGUCUCUACCCCGCUGGGCCAAGGCCGGGUCAACCAGCUGGGCGGCGUCUUCAUCAACGGGAGACCCCUCCCCAAUCACAUCCGCCACAAGAUCGUGGAAAUGGCCCACCACGGGAUCCGGCCCUGCGUCAUCUCCCGCCAGCUCCGCGUCUCCCACGGCUGCGUCUCCAAAAUCCUCUGCAGGUACCAGGAGACCGGCUCCAUCCGCCCAGGAGCCAUCGGUGGAAGCAAACCCAGGGUCGCUACUCCCGACGUGGAGAAGAAAAUCGAAGAGUAUAAACGAGAAAACCCCGGGAUGUUUAGCUGGGAGAUCCGGGACCGACUGCUGAAGGAUGGGCAUUGCGACCGAAGCACGGUCCCUUCAGGUUUAGUGAGUUCGAUUAGCCGGGUGCUCCGAAUCAAGUUCGGGAAGAAAGAGGAAGAGGAGGACUGCGAUAAGAAGGAGGACGACAGCGAGAAGAAGGCCAAGCACAGCAUUGACGGCAUUUUGGGCGACAAAGGCAACCGGCUGGAUGAAGGAUCUGAUGUCGAGUCGGAGCCCGACCUGCCUCUCAAGCGCAAGCAACGCCGCAGCCGGACCACUUUCACAGCGGAGCAACUGGAGGAGCUGGAGAAAGCCUUUGAAAGGACCCAUUACCCAGACAUCUACACCCGAGAGGAGCUCGCUCAGAGGACCAAGCUCACUGAGGCAAGAGUCCAGGUGUGGUUCAGCAACCGACGGGCACGGUGGCGCAAGCAGGCCGGGGCCAAUCAGCUGGCAGCAUUCAAUCACCUGUUGCCGGGGGGCUUCCCUCCGACUGGCAUGCCCACUUUGCCUCCGUACCAGCUGCCAGAUUCAACUUACCCAACCACCACCCUUUCCCAAGAUGGGGGCAGCACUGUGCACAGACCCCAGCCUCUCCCACCAUCCACCAUGCACCAGGGAGGGUUGGCUGCCGCCGCCGCAGACUCCAGCUCCGCCUACGGGACCCGACACGGCUUCUCUACCUACUCUGACAGCUUCAUGAACCCCGCAGCUCCUGCCAAUCACAUGAACCCUGUCAGCAACGGCCUCUCUCCCCAGGUCAUGAGCAUCUUGAGCAACCCCAGCGGGGUCCCCCCGCAGCCCCAGGCUGACUUCUCCAUCUCGCCCCUCCAUGGCAGUUUGGACACCGCCAACUCCAUCUCGGCCAGCUGCAGUCAGAGGAGUGACUCCAUCAAGUCUGUUGACAGCCUCCCCACCUCGCAGUCCUACUGCCCCCCGACCUACACCACCACCGGCUAUAGUGUGGACCCGGUGGCCAGCUACCAGUAUGGACAGUACGGGCAAACCGCAGUUGACUAUCUGACCAAGAACGUGAGCCUGUCCACACAGCGUAGAAUGAAGCUUGGGGAACAUUCAGCUGUGCUGGGUCUCCUACCCGUUGAAACAGGCCAGGCUUACUGAUGGAUGCAGCCACACGACCUUGCCUACGUUGAUAGUCGACCACCAAUGAGACACAAAUGAAAAAUGGAAGGAAAAAAAUCCCACUUAUGCCACCAGCCUUCCAAGGACCCAGCUCUGUCAACGCCCUUCUACUUCUGGGACCUUAAGCAGCGAACCUUCCAAAUCUUGCCUGCUCCUGAAGGACAAAGAGAACUGAGGAAGGAAGGAAGAACUUUCCACUAAUCCAAAUUCUUACUGUGCAGACCUGUUAAGAAAGCGCUCGCCUAUGGUGACUUUGACCGCUUCAAAGGCCAGAGACAAUGAGUGUGAUCCAAUGUUUAUUUCCCCCCUGAUGUUCAAGCCCUCCUAGCCAACGCCGUAAACAACCAACAGUUAUGGACCUUCCAUUGAUGUGGCCUCUGGGCUUAAGUCACUGUGGAACCUGUUUUCUUCGUAAAUAUAUAGAUAGAUAGGUAGAUUCUUUUCGUCUGUCUGCCCCCCAGCCCCAUUUAGUUAUUGUACAUGAUCGGCAUUGCCUGUGAAGGAGGAAUCCUGGUGAUUGUUAAGUGUUGAUCUUGGGACCAAAUGGGAAAAUAUUUGGACUAAAAAUGGAGAAGGUAUAGCAAAAGGGGGUGAGGUUACAGUGCAUCUCAAUUCAGUGUGUUGGGGAGAGGGAGAUUUGAUGUAUAUUGUAACUUUUUUUUCCAGUUUGGGGACCACUAAUUCUGCAAGAAGUUGAGACAGAAUCUGAGGAAGCUGGAGGUUAGAUGCAGGAUGAAUACCACGCAACUUUGUUCGCCUAUGGCGUUUUAAAAUUGCCACGUUCUGGCAAUCAAGGGAGCCAAGUAUAUUAACAAAGACAAGGGACCACUUGUUGUCUAGGCUGUCAAAAAUCCCACACACCCUGAACACUGGCUUCAAAGUUGCAUUGGG